GUCCAAACCUGACAUCAAGAUGGAGCCCAGUGCUGGCAGGCCUAUGGAUUACCAGGUCAGCGUCACCGUCAUCGAGGCCAGGCAGCUCGUGGGGCUCAACAUGGACCCCGUGGUGUGCGUGGAGGUGGGCGAGGAGAAGAAGUUCACGUCCAUGAAGGAGUCCACCAACUGCCCCUACUACAACGAGUACUUCGUCUUCGACUUCCACGUGCCCCCCGACGUCAUGUUCGACAAGAUCAUCAAGCUGUCU